AUGAAGGCAAAGGAUUUUGCGGUGUUUUUCGUUUCUUUUGUCGUAUACCUUAAUGCCAUACCAUGUGGCUUUGUGUUUGACGAUGCCUCGGCUGUAAAGGAUAACCAAGAUUUACGACCAACUACCAGUUGGUUGGAGUUGUUCAAAAAUGACUUUUGGGGCACACCUAUGCAACAAGAAAGAAGUCACAAAUCCUAUCGGCCAGUGACGGUUCUCACAUUCCGUUGGAACUAUAUGCUACACGAACUUCAUCCAUCCGGAUAUCAUCUAGUUAAUGUUGUUUUGCAUUCAAUUGUCGCAGUGCUUUUCUACAGACUCAGUUCAGGAUUUUUGGACGAGGAAGCGGCAUUUGUCAGUAGCCUCUUUUUCGCUCUUCCCCCGGUGCACACAGAAGCCGCCAAAAUGAUGCUCGUGUUCGCUAAUAAACUACUCCCGUUCGACAAUCCUGCGGCUCAUGCCACUCCGCUUGUGCGUCGACUAACACAUAGUUAUCUUAUCCCGGUGAAUCUCCUCCUGCUUCUCUUCCCAUCUGGUCUGUGUGCAGAUUGGACUGUGGGCAGUCUGCGCUUAAUCCAAGACUGGACUGAUCCACGGAAUGUGUGCACAGUGUUUGCCUUUGGUUGGCUUCUAUUCAUGACUUUUUGGGCACUGUUGCCGCAUCUGUCUCCCCGCUAUACACUUACGCUCGUUCUGGCCCUUGGCUUGAUGGUAUUUCCAUUUCUUCCGGCUAGCAACCUAUUCUUCCCGGUUGGUUUUGUGGUCGCUGAGCGCGUUCUAUACACUCCUAGUCUGGGCUUCAGUUUACUGUUUGGUUUGGGUUAUUCUCGCGGUGCUUCCGAAGCGGACGAAAAGCUGGCCAGACACGAAGUCAAAUCGACCGAUUCCAUCGCGUAUGAUGAAUACAAUCUUUUUUCGUCCGCGUUAAAAGUCAACGGGAACAACGCGAAAAUGUGGAACAACGUUGGUCACGCACUGGAAGCUGAGGGCCGAUUCGAGGAGGCGCUGGGCUAUUUCCGGAAAGCGGUCAAGUACAUUGGCUCCCCAAACGAUAUCGGAGCUCGGAUCAAUGUCGGUCGAACUUAUGUGAACCUGCGUAUGCCUGAAAAGGCAGAAGAAGCAUAUUUCGGUGCUCUAGAUUAUUUUCCCAAACCCCGUAAAGGUCAAACUUAUUACACUCGCGUUGCUCCAAAAGAUCUUAUGGUAUUCAUCAACCUGGCUAAUCUCUAUAUGAACAAAUCACCACCGCAAUUGGACGAGGCCGGUCAACUUCUUCGUCGUGCAAUCUCUCUCCGGUCGGAUUUUGUGGAUGCCUAUCAAAAUUACGGCAGUGUUUUGAUCAAACAGGGCAAACUACAAGAAGCGGAGGCAGCGUUUCGCACGGCGAUUAUCUAUCAGGAGAGAAACGCAGAUUUGCAUUAUAAUCUCGGCGUGGUACUGUUGGACAUGAGUCGCAAAUCAGAAGGCAUGGAUUCUUUAAAGCAAGCUCUAUUUCUCCGUCAGGAUCACAUGGUGGUAGUGAACAUUGUCUCUCGAAGUACUUCCAGCCGCUACGUCUGCGCGUCUGGUUGGAUGGGCCCCAUUCUUGAUUCGUUCGCUAGCCGGGGCCCUUUUUGUGCCACCUUCCAAUACAAUAUGAUCAAAGGUCAUGCUCCAAUUUGA